AGCAGAUACCUCUGGGCUUAACUCAUGUUCUCCCCCUAGCCUAGCACCAGCGGCCACAGACAAACUGCUCAUCUGCUCUCUCCCCAAGGUCUGCCAAAUAGCCUGGCUGCUAAUGAGGAGAGGUCCGUCCAAGUCCCCAUCUGGACUGAAAAAGCAAAUGAGAGUUAGUAGGGACGGACAACAGAGUGUUCUGUUGCCUUUUUGUCUGUAAAAUAAGAAUGUCAAGGAACAAUUGUUUCUUCAUUCCUGUGAAUGUGAGCCUUGUGUCUGCAAAGGUCAGCGCCUGUGAGCACAUCAUGGUUUAGAGUGGGUUCCUAUGGUAAUCAGGCCAUCGUGACUGAGGGCAUUUUGUGUCAGACAACAGGGUGCUGGGUUUUCAUCUCUUCUGCAGUACAUGCUUGCUUCCUGCAAUGUAACCAUUUCUGUUUCCUGUUUGCUUCUUGCCUUCAUCCUUUCUGCACCACACGUAGGUCUGGAGUCUGAGAAUUCCUCAGCGGAUGAGUGGAGGCUCUCUUCCAAGGCUGAUGCCAAUGGAAAUGCCCAGCCCUCUUCGCUCGCUGCCAAGGGCUACAGAAGUGUGCAUCCCAGUCUUCCUUCUGACAAGUCGCAGAAGGUUCUCUCUCCCCCACACCCUCCUCUCCCUAAAGAGAACCGCUUUGCAUGGCAGCCCCCCACCACCCACAGUACCAACAAGGACUCCCUCUACAUGAGCUCACCAAAGCCUUACGUCCUGCCUGGCACCCCCAGCCAGCAGAACCCCUCACCACCCUGGCGCGUUUCUGUCUCCCUGGCAGCCAGAUCAGCUCCCAAAGGUGCAGUGCAUCCUGGGUCCUUGCCUCCAGGUUCCAUGCACACCAGUGCUUCAUCCCAACCCCAGCGCCACUGUGUAGCCAGCAGGACAGUUCCUAGUGAGAAUGUGAGCUCUAACCCACGUCAUGAGGCAGUUGGGAAUAAGAAGGUCAGCAGCUUAUACGUACCUUGUUUAUCCAAUAACAUUUGCCGGGUGGCAUUGGAAAACGCCUCUUGCGCUGCACGUGGCCCAGCCAAAGGCGUUCCCUCAGAAGCUGCGGGCACGCGAGCACCAGCUCCUAGCAUUGCCUCCCGCACAGCUGGCACAGGAAAGCCACCUUCUGCUCCUCCUCCUGACCCUCCCAAGCUAUUCUCUGACACCCGAAAAGAUGCCGUUUACCGUGGCGAGAGUCCUUCCCUGGGGACUCGGCCUUCGUUCUCAGGCGCAGUGAGACCACCUGUGCUAGGCCCCCAGGUUACCUCUGAUCCCGAAAACCGGAGGAGAAAAGAGCCUUACCUUUUGCAGCCGUGUUAUCCAGCCAAGGAUGCUACUUCCUCCGGCCCAGCCCAGCCCGAGGUAAUAGUUGUCCCUCUCUACCUGGUUAAUACCGACAGAGGGCAAGAAGGCACUGCCAGACCUCCAGCAUCUCUGGGGCUGCUUGGCCCCCCAGUCCCGGCGCCCGCCUCUGCCAGCUCACCUCUGACCUUCCCGACUCUAGAUGAUUUCAUUCCCCCUCAUCUGCAGAGGCGGUCCCACCACGGCCAGCCAGCCAGUGCUCCUGGCCCCCGUCCCCCCGUUAGCCAGACACCUCCAUCCUUCUCACCACCGCCUCUGCUGGUCCCUCCAGGACCGGAGGGCCUCCGCAGAGUCUCAGAGCCUGACCUCACGGGAGCUGUUCCAAGUACCGAUUCAGGUCCUCUGCUAAGUGAAGUUUCUUCCUCACAUGUUAGAACUGAUUCCCAAACCUUUGCACCAGUUAGCAAGCCGUCAUCUGCCUACCCCUCUACGACAAUUGUCAACCCUACUAUUGUGCUCUUGCAACACAAUCGAGAACAGCAAAAACGACUCAGUAGCCUUUCAGAUCCUGUCUCAGAAAGAAGAGUGGGAGAGCAGGUCCCAGCACCAACCCAGGAAAAACCCACCUCACCUGGCAGGGCUGCUGAACAAAGGUCAAAGGAUGACAGGCGGGUGGCUAAGAGCACUCAGGACCUAAGCAAUGUGUCCAUGGAUGAUGUGGGCAUCCCACUUCGGAACACUGAGAGAUCAAAAGACUGGUACAAGACGAUGUUUAAGCAGAUCCACAAGCUGAACAGAGACACUCCUGAAGAAAACCCUUAUUUCCCUACGUACAAAUUCCCUGAACUUCCUGAAAUCCAGCAAAAUUCUGAAGACGACAAUCCUUACACUCCUACCUACCUGUUCCCAGCAUCUACUCCUAGUCCUAAAUCAGAAGAUGAUGAUUCAGAUCUGUACUCUCCUCGAUACUCCUUUUCUGAAGACACAAAAUCGCCCCUUUCAGUGCCUCGCUCAAAGAGUGAGAUGAACUACAUUGAUGGUGAGAAGGUAGUUAAGAGGUCGGCCACACUUCCCCUCCCAGCCCGCUCUUCCUCACUGAAGUCAAGCCCAGAAAGAAACGACUGGGAGCCCCCAGAUAAGAAGGUAGAUACAAGAAAAUACCGUGCAGAGCCCAAAAGCAUUUACGAAUAUCAGCCGGGCAGGUCGUCCGUUCUGACCAACGAAAAGAUGAGUCGGGAUAUAAGCCCAGAAGAGAUAGAUUUAAAGAAUGAACCUUGGUAUAAAUUCUUUUCGGAAUUGGAGUUUGGGAAACCGCCUCCCAAAAAGAUAUGGGAUUAUACUCCUGGAGACUGCUCUAUCCUUCCUAGAGAGGAUAGAAAGACUAAUCUAGAAAAAGAUCUCAACCUCUGCCAGACAGAGUUAGAGGCAGAUUUAGAAAAAAUGGAGACGCUUAAUAAAACACCCAGUGCAAACCUGUCACAGAGCUCAGCAAUCAGCCCCACUCCAGAAAUUUCUUCAGAGUCUCCUGGAUAUAUAUAUUCUUCCAACUUCCACGCAGUGAAGAGGGAAUCAGAUGGGGCUCCCGGGGAUCUCGCUAGCUUGGAGAAUGAGAGGCAGAUUUAUAAAAGCGUCCUGGAAGGUGGAGACAUCCCUCUCCAGGGCCUGAGCGGGCUCAAGCGACCAUCCAGCUCGGCCUCCACUAAAGAUUCAGAAUCACCAAGACAUUUUAUACCAACCGAUUAUCUGGAAUCCACAGAAGAAUUCAUUCGAAGACGUCACGAUGAUAAAGAGAAACUUUUAGCGGACCAGAGACGACUUAAGCGUGAGCAAGAAGAGGCCGAUAUCGCAGCUCGACGCCACACGGGCGUCAUUCCGACGCACCAUCAAUUUAUCACUAAUGAGCGCUUUGGGGACCUCCUCAAUAUAGACGAUACGGCAAAAAGGAAAUCUGGGUCAGAGAUGAGACCUGCCAGAGCCAAAUUUGACUUUAAGGCUCAGACACUAAAGGAGCUGCCUCUGCAGAAGGGAGACAUCGUUUACAUUUAUAAGCAGAUCGAUCAGAACUGGUAUGAAGGAGAGCACCACGGCCGGGUGGGGAUCUUCCCACGCACCUACAUCGAGCUUCUUCCUCCUGCUGAGAAGGCUCAGCCCAAGAAGUUGACCCCAGUGCAGGUUUUGGAAUACGGAGAAGCUGUCGCAAAGUUUACCUUUAAUGGUGAUACACAAGUAGAAAUGUCCUUCAGAAAGGGAGAGAGGAUCACGCUGCUCCGACAGGUGGAUGAGAACUGGUAUGAAGGGAGGAUCCCAGGGACAUCCCGGCAAGGCAUCUUUCCCAUCACCUAUGUGGAUGUGCUCAAACGGCCACUGGUGAAAAACCCCGUGGAUUACAUCGACCUGCCUUUCUCCUCCUCCCCAAGUCGUAGUGCCACUGCAAGCCCACAGUCUCCCAGUCACAGCAAGCUCAUCACGGCAGCCCCCUUGUCUCUGCCCCACCCCCGCCGAGCCCUGUCCCCCGAGAUGGACGCUGUCACCUCAGAGUGGAUCUCGCUGACCGUGGGGAUCCCACGCAGGCGUUCUCUGGCCCUGCCCCCACCCUUGCCUCCUCUGCCGGGGGCUUCUAUCUGUAACACUGACCACAUGGCCUUGUUGGCGCAGCCCAGGCCCUCCCAGCCCCUCAGACUCCCCCAUCUGAGUUGGUCGUAUCGUUCCACCCCCCAUUCGGGAGUUACCCCACUGGCCUUGCCUCCGCCCGACAAAGCCUACUGCCUGGUGCCCAGUGUGCAGGCCUCCCUUCACAUCAACGGAGACCGCGGUGUCCACGUGCCGUCUUCAGGAGGCCGCCAGGAUAGCUUCUCCCAGCCGCUGCUCAGGAGCUCUGACAGGGUCAUCUCGGAGCUUAGCGAUGCCUUUAGCAGCCAGGGUAGGCGGCAGCCAUGGCGAGAAGAGAAUGGGCAGUAUGAGAGGAAAGCAGAGAGGGAGGCAGGUGAGAGAUGCCCUGGUGGACCCAACAUCUCUAAGAAGAGCUGCCUGAAACCUUCAGACGUGGUCAGGUGCCUGAGCACUGAACAGAGACUCUCAGAUCUCCACACCCUCGAGGAGAGCUGGCCCAGCAAGCCCCGGGGUAGCCCUUUUCCGGGAAGGGAGGCUGAGCAGACAGAGCUGCAUAGAGGUGGCGAGCAGGCUGACAGGAAGGCCACUCGGAGUGGGAUGAGCCAGCCUUCUCAUCAUUCAUUGAGAGCAGGACCUGAUCUCACAGAAUCUGAAAAGAGCUAUGUGGAAGCAGUUUGCAAUGAGAUCAUAAACAUUGCCGAAAAAUCUGUUCAUUACUGCAGCACUGUUUCUCAUCCCCUUGACUUCCAUCACAAGGUAUCCCCUUCUGACAAUAAAUCAUCUUUAAUCAUUUCUCAGCAACCUCAAGCCCAGCAGCGAAGAGUCACCCCAGACAGGAGUCAAACCUCACAAGAUUUAUUUAGUUACCAAGCAUUAUAUAGCUAUAUGCCGCAAAAUGAUGAUGAGUUGGAACUUCGAGAUGGAGAUAUUGUUGAUGUCAUGGAAAAAUGUGAUGAUGGGUGGUUUGUUGGUACUUCAAGAAGGACAAGGCAGUUUGGUACUUUUCCAGGCAACUAUGUAAAGCCUUUAUAUCUGUAAGAAGACUGAAAAACAUUAUUUCUACUGGAGGAUGGAGCAGAAUUCACAAACCAGUCUCUUUAUUUAAAUGUUGAGUCAGUAGGAAAACUAAUGCAGUGGAUACAAUAAGAAGCAAAAGAAAGGGACAGAGAAGUGUUGUGUCUAAAACCCGAGCCUGCCUAAGCUUGCUGUGUGUCAGACAGGGCUGAACCAUGUGCUGAGCACAAAGGAAUGAGGCAAAUCUGUAUUUACUUAGCGCUUCUGGGAGCCACUCCAGCCUUGCCCUCCUCUCCCCUCUUGGGUAAUCUGACCUGCAGCACAGCCCAGGAGCAGUUAGGCCAGAAAUGCUUCUUGCUGCCCCAGCCUGGACCAGCUGUGGCUCCAGAACGGUUAGCAUGAAUCCACCCUCGGAGUGCCAGGCAGAUCCCCAGCCACCCCGGAGCCUGCUGACCCCCCAAAAACUGCUGGGGAUCAGUCUGGGCUGCCAGGCCAUCCCUAGACAGUGGUGGAGGCCCCCAAACUACCCAAGACCAAAUCCCUCACUUGUCCUGCUGAGGUACAUGGGGAAAUGGAGGCAAGACUUAGGUGCCUUCUGCAUUCACUUCUGCCAGAGAAGCACACAAGGUUUGUCAUGGGAGCAGGAUGGCCAGGCAGAUAGUUCAUUGUGGUUCCCGGGGAUCCUGUACCUCUGGAGGUCACAUGCAGUAUUGUCCUUUUCCACAUCGCUGGCUUUUAGCAAGUCGCCUUCGGGGCAGCAGUUUCAUUUAUCAGAAUGCCACUGUUAACCUUUCUUUCCUGGACUGUUUUUGGCCAGGGUAGUUUGGGUUUGGUAGGUCUAUUCUCACUGAGAACCAAGAGUAGUGUUCAGUGAUUUAUUUACCAUACACUGACAUAUACAGAGGCCAGGCCAACCGAUGAGCAAGACGUGCUCCAAGCCUUAGGAGGUACCCUCCAUGUCUCCAUUUUUACUCCCCAUAGGAGUUCAAGGACCGCUCAAAAUGUAGUGACCCAGGGUUAUGGAUCCUGAUGCCCCUGGGGAGGCGUCUCUUCAGAGCUGAAGAGGCAGCAGCAGCGGCCCUAAGCGGGAGGCAUUGAUUCUGCCACUCCCCGGAGGUCUUUUUCGUGGGUCCCAGAUCUGAGGAGGGAGGCCCCUUUGACACCUGGAGUGUUCAGGCACAGCUCUCUCCAGUUCCAGGAUGUUUCUCGGCCUCUCGGUUAGACUCUUUGGGGAAAUAAAGAUAGAAAUGACCUGUUCCCUGCUUGCUGGGGACUCGAGUGACUGGGGAGGCAGACACCCAAAAAAAUACUGAAUCAAGAGAGACUGUGAUACGUGCUAAGAAGGGCGUGAGAGAGGAAGAGAUGAAUUUCCCCUGGAGGGAUCCUAGAAAGCAUUGUCAUAUUUCUGUCUCCAUCAGCUCACUUCUGAACAGUGAGGGUGCUGGAAGAACCUUUAUCCAAGGGUAGUGGUUUAUGGCUGGAGAUACUUGGAACUGUUUCCAGAAUGUUUAAACUUUCAUCCUCCCCACAAAUAUACAGCCAAGGUCACAAAAACAGGAGUAGCAAUCCUAGGUAGUCGGGUGUGUUCAGGAUCCCUGUCUCUGCAUUAGCUCAGAAUUGCCCUAGGACUACUGUCCCAAAGUCUGGAGUCAUUAUAAGUAGGCAUAGUUUGUCUUCAGUGAGUCAGCUUCUGUCCCCUGCUACUCUUGGUAUCCAAUCCGCUGCCCACCCACCAUCAGCCAGCCAGAGUACCCUCACUCUCUCCCUGUCCUGCUUUCAAAUCCUGCUCUCAGGAAAGAAACUGCCACUGAGCCCUUCACACUGAAGUGACCAUAAGAAGACAUUUGUUUUUAAUUAGGACAGAGCAGAGCCUUAAUCCCAAGGGAAAAAAAGGCUGAGGAACUUGGGUGUGGUGUAGGGUAGAGGUCAGGGUGGAGGAGCUCCCUGAAUAGCAAGGGCCUUCUUAUUGUCCCUUAGAAUAAGACUCAUUGCCUUCGAAAGUCCACUUCACCAUUUAAGGCACUGGUUUUUUGAUUCACACUCUCUCUCUCUGAGGGCAUAUACUCCAAGUACAUUUGCAUGUGCGUUUUGCACAGCAGCAUUUCACCCACUUUGGAAUGUAAUUCUUGUAUUGGCUAAUGUGUUUCUUGGUCUUUCUUAGAUGCAAACUAUUAGGAACACAAUCUUAUCUAAUAGUUUUUUGAGGGGUGCUUCUUGAUUAAGUAGGUAAUUUUGAACACCUCUUUAAAUACAGCUAGAAAACAAAACCAAUUUGUAAAGCCACAUUUGCAUAUGAUGCCAGCCUCACGCAUUUGUAUAUCUUCAGAAACCCAGGUAUGCCUCACCAAUUUGCCCAUCUUUAAUAAAAACUUGCAUUAAACUUCAGCUUCCUAUGUAUUAGAAAACAAGAAACAAAGGUUUCCAAAUGCUCUUUUGUCUUCAGACAUUUAGUAAUACAAAAUACCUAUUUUUAUGCUGAGAUGUUUAUACAGGUUUAUUAAUAGCAAAUGCAACUAACUGGCACCAUGAUUUGCAACACAUUUUGAUAUAUUAGCCAUGCUUCUGGGUCAAGGCAAGCCCCAAACUACUUAUCUUUUGCAGUCUCUCUGGGAUCAGUGAAAGAAAAAAAAAAAUCACAUGCUUAAGAAGUGGGACUGUAAAUAUGUAUAUUUAACUUUGUAUAGCCCAUGUACCUACUUUGUAUAGAAAAAGUAAUUUUAAAAAUUUGAACUUAAGUGGGGUAAAAAAAGGAAGUCAUGAAGUUUUUUGCAUUUUUAUUUAAAUGAAGGAAUUCCAAAUAACUCACCUACAGAUUUUUAGCACAAAAAUAGCCACUGUAAAGUGUUAAAAUUUUAAGUAUUCUUCCUGGGAGAGGAGGUAACUGAUAUCUCAGCUACAGUUUUUUUAUUUUGUUUUUGAUUUUUUUUUUUUUUGUAGUCCUAUUUAUCGACAGUAGCAUUAAGUUCUGUUGCUAGAAUGGGUUACUACAAAGAUUAUAUUCUGAAAGAAAAGUAACUGAAUUAUAUAUAACCAAUUAAUUUAAAGUAUUGCCAUUUAAAUUACACACCAAGAGCAUGUACUGUGCAGACACAGAUUUUUUGCUCAUUUAUUUUUCUUUAUUGCAGUGGGUUGAUUUGAUAAAGAGAUGUGUUGAAUUACACAUUUGCUGUACAUAUUAUUUAAUAAACAUUAUUCAGAACUGCGUGGCA